UGAAAUAAAACAAUCGAAUGUCAAGGGCACUAGUGUAUCGAUUUGAAAGUUUGUAAAAUAAGAUCAAUCAACGUUGGAGAAAUACUAGUUGCGUUACGUAAAUAUCUUUCAAUAAUUUGUUAAUAUACUCCUUAUAUUUACCAUUGUUACUGUUGCUUAGUGUUUAAAAAUGUCGCAAGCCGGACGUGUGAUAGUGUUUGGAGGCCGGGGUGCUCUCGGGGCUAAAUGUGUGUCUCAUUUCAAAGCAAAUAAAUAUUGGGUAGGGUGCAUAGACCUAGCCGAGAAUGCUGAAGCAGACUGCAAUAUAAUUGUAAACAAGGAAGAAAGCUUCCAGCAACAGGAGACUUCAAUUUUGUCAUCAGUGAAAACUGUAUUAGAUGGAUCUAAAGUUGACGGAAUUUUCUGUGUUGCUGGAGGUUGGGCAGGAGGAAAUGCUAAGAAAGACUUAGCAAAAACCUCAGACCUAAUGUGGCAGCAAAGUGUCUGCAGUUCUCUAAUAACAGCUGCUAUUGCUGCACAUCACCUGAAAGAAGGAGGAAUUGUUCAACUGACAGGUGCCAAAGCCGCUCUUGAUGCAACACCAGGAAUGAUUGGAUAUGGCUUGGGAAAGGCCGCAGUACAUCAACUGACAAAAUCUCUUGCUCAAAAAGAAAGUGGUCUUCCAGAAGGCGCUUCCGUAGUCGCUAUUUUACCUGUAACUUUGGAUACACCCAUGAAUAGAAAAUGGAUGCCAAAAGCCGACUUUUCCUCCUGGACUCCACUCGAAUUCAUUGCAGAAUUGUUCCUGAAAUGGGCUUCUGGAGAUGGCAGGCCCCAAAGUGGAAGCCUUCUUCAACUGGUUACUAACAACUUUAACACUGAAUUAAUUCCAGCAUAAAAUGGUAGUAUCCAAACGUUUCUCUCUAAAGGAUUUGAUGGACCAAUCUCACUACUUUGUGUUUGUUUCAGAAACAAUUGUUUUUUAAAUUGCUUUGGAAAAUGUUUUUUUAAAUAAUUUAUAAAUUUUAUAUUUCAGUUAAAUAAAGUGUA